UGAACGCUGCUCUGCCGGCGUCUCUGGCGGCGCAGCUACACUCUCAGUAGCUGUACGAAGAAUUGUAAUAGCCUUAAGAAUUCAUUGAAUAAAGAGAACUCUAAGCAAAAGGUUGACGUGCAAAUCUAAAUUGAAACAACAUAUUCAAAUUGGGAUAAUAACUAUCACAUGGCGACCGUGACAAGGCAUAAGAAGAUCGCAGGACAUCAGAAAAUAGCAGGACGAAGGACAACCCAGUAAAUUGAAAAAGAAAACUGAUGAGCUGGCGGAAAUCGGACUGGAUGAACAAAAAUUAUCUGGAGGCCACUGAAAAAACUGACCUCUCCCCAAAAGAGAGAAAACGUGCCCGAAGGACUGCCCUGGACCGCUGGAAAGCCCCCAUUGCGAAAUCACCUGCGGAGAAAAACCGAAACAAAAAACCUGUGCGACUACCGGCACCGGUACCGCCUGAGCCCAGAGGCCCCGGACAGCAGCAGCGGAAACUACAAGUGUGGGGGGCAAGCCAAAACCCCUACGCCGUCGAUGGAGCAUCAGCGUGCCAACUCCGGCGACAACCAGCUGAUGCAGUAGAGGGUCUGAAGAAAAGCGGACUGAAAUAAAAUUAAUGAUCAAAACAAAUUUAAGUGAAUAUAUGUUAUUAUAAUUCAAAUUUGUAAAA